AUGCAGUUUCGGCUUCUUUAUUUCUGGGAUGCUCCCAAGAAUGUCAAAGGAGGACCAGGGAUCCUUCUUGGGAUCGAGAUGCUUAUGAUCGAUGCGGAGGGAACUUUAGCUCAGGGGUUCAUCGGUCAGAACCGUCGCAACCAGUAUGAGAAAGAGCUCCAGCGUGGUAGAAUCUACACACUGACAAACUUCUACGCGUCCAAUAACAAGGUGAUGUACAAUGUUGCUGAUCAGAGGCUGGUGAUUUGCAUCUCCCACGCCUCUGCCCUGUCGAAGGUUGAAGAAGACAUUGAAGGCAUUUUGACAGAGCGCUUCAGGGUGCAUUCCUUUUCAGAUUUUGAAGCCAACUGUGAUCUCAGAGGGGAUCUUCACGAUGUUGUUGGCCACCUUAAGCUGGUUGAUGGCCAGGUUCUCCAUCAGCGUCCGGUUUUGUGCACCAAUGAAGACUCAACUUCUCGGAAAGUGAUGGUCCAUUUGCAGCUUAAAGAGGGUCCAGUGAUUAACGUCUAUCUAUGGGACGAGGCCGCUGAAAGUUUUCGCUUGAAGUUUGACGCAAGCGCAGCCAUUCCAACUGUUCUAUUGGUCACCACGGUCAAUCCUAAGAGACUCGGGAAAUUGUGCCUAAGUUCAAUGUCCUCUUCAAGAGUGUUUUUCGAUGAAGAGGUUGACCCCACCAAGGAAUACUUGGCCUGGUUAACCACGAACCCUUCUGUGACUUCUUUGGUCAACCCUGUUGAGGUUGUCAAAGCUGAGACUCUCACAAUAAGUGAGAUUUCCGCCUUUGUCAAGCGUGAGCCUGCUCAGGUAAUCCCAUUCUGUUAUUAG